GUGUGGUUCAAACACAUGCAUCAUGGUGGACUAGUGUAUUUCAGGAUAAAACAGAAAUCCAGAGGGACGGGGUGCCCACCCCUACCACCCUCAUUUCAAUGUAUCUCGCGGGAUAAGUGGCAUAAAAGGAGGAAGACUGGUGGUCGCAUGAACCAAAUGCGUAAAAAGAGAAAGUUUGAACUAGGAAGACCAUCUGCAUCAACCAAGUUAGGAUCCAAGAGAAUUCACACCGUGAGAACCCGAGGUGGCAGCAUCAAGUUCCGGGGACUUCGACUAGACCAGGGAAACUUCUCUUGGGGUUCAGAGAGUAUCACAAGAAAAACCCGUAUCAUCGAUGUGGUGUACAAUGCCAGCAACAAUGAACUCGUAAGAACCAAGACACUUGUAAAGAGCUGUAUCUUACAGAUUGACUCCACCCCUUUCAGGCAGUGGUAUGAGGCCCAUUAUGCCACACCUCUUGGCAGGAAGAAGACUGUCAAACUGACAGAGGAAGAGGAACAAGUUCUGAAUAAGGUUCGCUCCAAGAAAACAAUGAAGAAGUACAAGGCUAGAAAGAAGACGGCCAAGGUUGAAUCUGCUCUUGAAGAAGAAUUUGCUACAGGCAGAGUGCUGGCCAAGGUAGCUAGUCGUCCUGGGCAGUGUGGAAGGUGUGACGGCUAUGUCCUUGAAGGCAAAGAAUUGGAGUUCUACAUGAAGAAAAUCAAGGCCAAGAAGGGAAAAUAAGCUUUUCCACCGUCUAUCCCGUGUAUAAUAUAACGAGGAAAUAAAUGUGGGAUAACAACAA